CAAGGGUUAAUGUGUGUGUGACCAUCGCGAGAUGUGGUCGCAAAUAGUGUUGGUCGCCGUGGCGCUGGUCGCUGUACGCGCAGGAUGUGACAAGGCGCCUGCAGUGGCACCGACCCAAAAACCUGACGAUGGCCCAGUGACGACGUCUCCUUCGGGCACUUUCCGAGGGUCGUGGAUGAGCACCCGGCGCGGCAGACAGUUCCAGGCGUACCGUGGGAUCAGGUACGCGGAGCCGCCCAUUGGACAGCUAAGAUUCCAGGUUUGUGCUAUUUAAUCCUGCACGCAUGCUUU